AUGUCUGCUAUGCUUAUCUCAAAUUUAAGUAGUUCCAGGUUUUUUCUCACUGGUUUUCCUGGCCUAGAGGGUUACUAUCCCUGGGUCUCUGUGCCUUUCUCCUUGACCUAUGCCGUGGUGUUUCUGGGAAACUGCGUGGUGCUCCAUGUGGUCUGGACUGAGCCGAGCCUCCACGAGCCCAUGUUCUACUUCCUGGCUAUGCUGGCCCUCACCGACCUGUCCAUGGGGCUGUCUACUGUGCACACGGUGCUGGGAGUCCUCUUAGGGUUCAUUCAAGAGGUCAGCCUGGACUCCUGCGUGGCUCAGUCCUACUUCAUCCAUGGUCUGUCCUUCAUGGAGUCUUCUGUCCUCCUAGCUAUGUCCUUUGACCGCUACAUUGCCAUAUGUAACCCUCUAUGCUACUCCUCCAUCUUAACUAAUGACAAAAUCAUGAAAAUUGGGGUAACAAUCUUAUGUAGGAGUUUCUUACUCCAUCCUCCAGUCAUCAUCAGCCUGAAGUUUUUAAAUUAUUGUCAUCCUCAUAUCCUCUCUCACUCUUUCUGUUUGCACCAAGAUUUAAUCCGAACAGCCUGUUCAGACAUUCAGUUCAAUUACAUUUAUGGUCUGGCUCUGGUGAUCAGCACUCUGUUGUUGGAUGCUGUGCUCAUUCUAAUCUCCUAUGUCAUGAUCCUGCACACAGUUUUAGCCAUUGCAUCGCGGGAGGAGAGAAUCAAAUCCUUGCAAACAUGUAUGUCUCAUAUCUGUGCUGUGUUGAUUUUCUACAUCCCCAUCAUUGGUCUGACCAUGGUGCACCGCUUUGGAAAGAACCUCUCCCCACUGGUUCAAGUCCUCAUGGGCAAUGUCUAUAUCCUUUCCCUCCCUUGA